AUGGCGGCUUCCAAGGGGAGCGCCUUGGCGUUAGCGGCUCUGGUGCAGCUGCUGCUACUGGCGGGUAACGCCGUACCGUGCGCGGGUCAGGACACGAGCCUGCAGCAGUGCUUGCCGCUCGAUUACACGGAGGGUAAGCUCGCUAUCACGAUGCGGCUUUCCUACGCAAU